AUGAGAAGAGGCACGGAAAAUAUUCUAUUACAUGGUAUCAGACUAGGUCUCUACAACCCUAGCAGCCGCCCACCUCCUUCGUCUCCUCUUCUUCGUCCCUUCCUCCUUCUCAUCUCCAUGGCUGACGCGUCCAAGUUGCAUCCUGCAACUACAGUCACCAAUAUCAAAUCGUGUAUUCCUAUUGUUCUUGACUAUGAAGGAAGCCAAUACAAUAACUGGGCUACCCUCUUCAAGCUCCAUUGCCGAGCAAACUUGGUAAUUGAUCACAUAUUACGUCCUGCCUCCCCCACCGUGUCAUCCCCAACAACCGCAGCCGAGAAAAUUGCUGCAAAGGCUCUAUGGGAACGGCUAGAUGACAUCGACAACAAAUCGGCUAGGGCUCUUGCUCUUGAUGCAAAAUUCACGAACACCAAAUUGGUGGAUUUCCCGAACGUGAAAGCAUACUGUACCAGGCUAAAGGUUUUUGCAGACAACCUGGCCAACGUCGGCCACAAAGUUUUCGACGAACGUCUUGUGCUCCGUCUUCUGCGUGGGUUAUCGGAAGAAUAUAAGACUUUUCGAACAACGGUGCAGCACCGUACUCCUCUCCCAUCCUUUGACGUUGUACGGUGGAUGCUCGAACUUGAGGAAGACAGCAAUGGCGAGGACAACAUUCACGAAUUAGGUUCGAAUGCUGCUCUCGUUUCCCACAAUAUUAAUUCUCAUAAUUUCUCUGUUAAUGGGCAGCCCAACAAUUCUGAAAAUACCUCCAAUAAUCGAGGAAAUUCUCACAAUCGUGGAAAGAAUAACACCCGCGGUCGUGGCGGCGGGAACCGCAACAACAACCAUGGAAGUGCUGGGAAUGGCCAGCACAGCGGCGGGGGCAACUGGAACAACCAGACCAGUCUGCCCGUCGCGUCUGCCUAG